GCCACGUCUCUGGCCACGUCGCGCCCGCUUUCGCCAUCUUCGCCGCUUCCUUUCAGGGGCCGCCGACGCCUCCUGAGCCACCGAGCCCCGGGGCCACCGCGCUGACAGCCGUCGCCAUGAACAUCUUCCGGCUCACCGGGGACCUGUCCCACCUGGCGGCCAUCGUCAUCCUGCUACUGAAGAUCUGGAAGACUCGCUCCUGCGCCGGUAUUUCUGGAAAAAGCCAACUUCUGUUUGCACUGGUCUUCACAACUCGUUACCUGGAUCUUUUUACUUCAUUUAUUUCAUUAUAUAAUACAUCUAUGAAGCUUAUCUACAUUGCCUGCUCCUAUGCGACAGUAUAUUUGAUCUACAUGAAAUUUAAGGCAACCUAUGAUGGAAAUCAUGAUACCUUCCGAGUCGAGUUUCUGGUGGUCCCUGUGGGAGGCCUCUCGUUUCUAGUCAAUCACGAUUUCUCGCCUCUCGAGAUUUUGUGGACCUUCUCCAUCUAUCUGGAAUCGGUGGCUAUCCUUCCACAGCUCUUCAUGAUCAGCAAGACCGGGGAGGCAGAGACCAUCACCACCCAUUACCUGUUUUUCCUGGGCCUCUACCGUGCUUUGUAUCUCGUCAACUGGAUCUGGCGCUUCUACUUUGAGGGUUUCUUUGACCUCAUCGCUGUCGUGGCCGGUGUUGUCCAGACCAUUCUCUACUGUGACUUCUUUUACUUGUAUAUAACAAAAGUGCUCAAGGGAAAGAAGCUCAGUCUGCCAGCGUAAGUGCCAAAGACCAUCACCAGCAUCUGUCCUUCAGGGUGCUCGGACAGAAUUCUUACCACAGCAAAGGCACAAGAUGCUUGAUAUGGAAAACCAGAAACUUCACUCUUGUUGCAGAUCGUCAUCAGUGGCUCUGUAAUACCCAGAGGAAAAGAACCAGAGGUUUCUGUUUGAUGCAUCUUGCCUUAUCUUUUUUUAUUACUAUGUACAAAGAUUUUUUUACACAAAGAAACUUAAUGCUGUAUUAAUAAAUUCAGUGUGUAGCUUCAAUUGGGGUACUUCCAAAAGUGAAGGUUUUGUGAGGAAUAAGUGCAACUUUUUUUUAAUUCUUUGAAUUUGUUGAUUUUUUUGUCUGCAAUGAAAUUGUACUCCUUGAUGUUUGGUAGAUUAUAUAUAUUCUUGGAUCUAGCAAAC